CGACGGUGCACUCGGUCUUUGUCAGACCAGCAGGCCUGCUUCGUUACUCCAAAAGACUCGGUAGGCACUUGCAUCCCAGGCGGACCGUCAAGAAUGGACGCCGUUUUUGCUAUAGGCUCCAAUGGCUCGGGCCAGCUGGGAAUCGGCCAUCAAGAAGACGUCUCUGUGCCCAAGCAAGUCAUCUUCCACCCAGAUCCGCCGAGUUCUCCCGUUUGCAAGGUAGCCGCCGGCGGGAAUCACACCCUUCUUCUCACAGAGUCGGGCCAGCUGUUCUGGAGCGGCGACUCGACGAGCGGGGCGUGCGGUCUGGUUGCCGGGCCAGGUUCAAAUGUUUUCCGAGAGGUUGAGCUUGCGAGGGAGGGCGGGCAAAGUGUUGGCCAUGUCGACUUGAUAGCUGCCACGUGGGAGGCGUCCUUCAUUGUCGCCAGAGAUGAGCGCUACAAGAGCACGAGAAUGUUCAGUUUCGGCGCAGGGACGAAGGGAGAGCUGGGAUCGGGGGAGCUCAUUGUUCGAACGCCAACCGCCACACUAAUCGCAGACUUCCCGCCACCGGAAACGGAGAUUAUCGACUUGGCUGCAGGCAUGGGACACGUUGUUGCGGUGCUCAGCAGCGGAGAGGCCUAUGGGUGGGGCAACUGUCGCAAAGCUCAGAUUGGAGAUCCUGGCGCCGUCGUCUAUUCACCUCGAAAGAUCGAUGGUAUAGGAUUCAAAGCCUCUCGAGUGGUUUGCGCCAAAGAAUCAACAUGCCUCUUUGGCGAUUCACACAGCGGGGACAUACACGUUCUGGGGUCCGACAAGUGGGAACUGUCUUCCAAAGCUCCCGCGACAGUGCCGCCAUGGAUCGACGUCGGGGCUAGCUGGGGCGACUUUUACAUCCUGCAAGAAGAUGGCUCCCUGCUUGGCUGGGGUCGAGACGACCAUGGCCAAUUACCACCCCCUGGUCUCCCGCCCCUCAGAAAGAUCGCUGUCGGUAGUGAACAUGUUGUCGCGCUCUCUAAAGCCGGUGAUGUUUUGGCCUGGGGCUGGGGCGAGCACGGAAACUGCGGCCCCCAGGUUGAGAACAACGACGUCAAGGGCCGCUGGAACGUCAUCGCCUCAUCCAAAUUCAUCCCUCCUGGUUCUCAGAUCGACCGCGUCGGGGCCGGCUGUGCCACAAGCUGGGUCUGCAUCGCGAGCGACUGAAGAUCAAAUUGGGAAGCAAAGCACGGUGCAAUAGCGGGGAUUUUCAGUCAGGAAAUAGCGCCAGGCUCUUGACGUCUGACAGUUUCUGUGUCGGCUCCAGAAAUGUCGACUGACCUUCCGGUGCCUCUGUGUGCUCCUCGAUUGUGGCUGGCCUCUCUUCUACGCGGCUCAUAUGCAUGGCAGAGGGGUUCUGUCAUGUCAGCAGGACGAUAGUCCAGGAGGAAACUGGAGGACAACUUACAGGGUCAGCACUAUCAUCCCACCCCAAUCUUGCGUCUUCUUCGCCGUCGUCAUCUUCGUCUCUAACGGGCUCCCAUCCGUCGUCAUCCACAAACAAGCUUUCGGAGCGCAACGUUGGCGGAGGCGGCUUCUGUGACGGCCGCAAAUCAAAUGCUCCUAUCCGCGAUGCGCUGGCUCUAGCAGCACUGAGGUGCGGAGUCGGGUUGGGGAUCUGAGGUCGGAGCGGUGCUGAAGGCGCCGGGUGUGCCGCCGGCUGCUGUUGUGGCUGUUGCGGUACCUCGGACGGAGCAACACUUGUCCUGCGGGAUGCAGCUUCCAGGCGAGGUCCGGCGGGGUGAGUGGCAGCCUUGCGGCCCUUCUUCGUCUUUUGGGCGGGGUUGCUCCCGCGCUCGCCGACCGUCAUGAUGAGGAAUUCGCAUGAGAUAGCAUCACUUGAGUAGAACAAUUGGAUGGGCCGUGAUGGCAGCGAAUAGCGGGCGGAGAGGGCGUUGCCAGUGAUGCCGGCGUGCUGGAUGAUGGCGCGGAAGUCCUUGACUGAAAUGACGAUGUGAAGCUUGUCUUCCACCUCAAUGUCAUCGAACUCGUCCACCUCCACGGCUAUAGAUGUCUGCAGGGGCUUUUUCAAUACAGCUAUCACCAGUUCGUCAGUCCAUUGUAGGGGGCCUUCAAUCCGCAAUCGCACUUGCAGCACAAACGUACCAUCUUCGCUGACUGUCUUUUCGCUGAAGCAGGUAAAGUUGACGUGAUCGCCGUCUGUGUUUAUGUCGAGAUACUCGAUUCCCGGGCCAAAGUGGUCCAUCAACUGGCGGAGAGUGCGUGAGGCGAUGGUCCAGUGCUGCGGAGAGUCCUGCCUAUUGAACUUGGCAUGCACGGGAACGGCGACCUCGAACGGCAGCCGAUGGGUAGAGGUCAAGCCGUUCCUGAAGACAAUGCGCGCAAUGAAGCGGCUCUUGACGCCUUCGCCGUCCUCGAUGGCGACAUCGCACCGCUCAAUGAGCGUCUGCUUCUCGGCGUCCCUCUGCGUGUCGGUGGCGGAGCGGCUCCUGAAGAGCGAGAU